AAACUCCGGGCCCUUUGCCUCUUCCUCUGUAGUGACGCCACUUAAUCGCAGCAACAGCAGCAGCAGCGCCGUAAUGGACUUCUCACGUCUCCGCCUCGUCCUCUCCUUCAUCUCCUCCUCCUCAAAUGAUCUGCUCUCUUCUGCCCAAGAGAUGUAGGGUCAUGAGAAGGUGGUGGUGGUGGUGGUGGUGGGGGGCACACCUACCAAGGAGAAAACACACACACACAACUUUUCUCUUGCAGCUGAAUGGUGGAAGAAGAGCUCCAGCUGCAUGGAGACAACUUGGACAGCAUCGUUUCACCAGAACCAGGCUGUAUCCUGACCGAGACCCAGAACUGACCCCUGGCCUCAGAGCUCGGACCUUAGACCCCGAAGGGGCAGGGGUGUCGACGGGGAGAAAAUGCGAUGCAUCACCCUCACCACCCUGCUGACGGGAGUCAUGCUGUACCUGGGGGUGGGAGCGCUCAUUUUUGUCUCCCUGGAGUCCCCAAAGGAAAGCGAGGCUCACGAAAACCUGCUGAAAGCCAAGCAGGUCUUCCUCAGUAACAAGUCCUGCGUCUCCGAGGUGGACUUCCACGAGCUUGUAAAGAAACUGGUGUCUGCUGUGGAGGCAGGUCUGGAUGUGAGCAAUGUUUCUGCCAACCUGACCAGCCGAUGGGACAUGGGCUCGGCCUUCUUCUUCUGUGGUACCAUCAUCACCACCAUAGGAUUUGGUAACCUGUCCCCUCGAACGUGGUUCGGUCAGUUGUUCUGCGUGUGUUACGCCCUCUUCGGCAUCCCCAUGUUUGGCAUCCUGCUGGCCGGAGUGGGUGACCACAUGGGCACGGUGCUGCGGAGAGCUGUGGCCAAGAUUGAGACCCUCUUUCUGAAACGAAAGAUCCGGCCCACGACUGUGCGAGUCAUCUCAGCCGUUCUCUCCAUCCUGAUCGGCUGCUUGAUUUUCCUCGCCGUGCCGACGGUUGUUUUUCAGAAAGUGGAGAAGUGGUCGUUUCUGGAGUCUCUGUACUUCGUGGUCAUCACCCUCACCACCGUUGGAUUUGGAGACUACGUACCAGGUAGAGGUUAUGAAGGUGGAACCAUCUUCAAGCCUUUGGUCUUGCUGUGGAUCGUCUUCGGUCUCGCCUACUUCGCCUCCAUCCUCACUAUGAUCGCCAACUGGCUGAGGGUUCUGUCCAAAAAAACCCGUGCUGAGAUGGAGGAGCUGAGAGCCCACGCCACAGACUGGACCCAGAACAUGGACUUCCGCAUCCCGAACCCGCUGGAAUUUAACGACCCUUUCCUGCUUCAGCGCCGUCGGUGGAAGCGCAGCGAGCGGCGUCGCAUCCGCCGGGGAGCCCAGGGCACGCUGGGAUAUUGGGUCCGAGAGAACGGACACCUGCCGAACCGCUGGGCUGGCCUGUCCAGCUCCAUGAGCCAGCUGGACGCUCGCUCGUCUCUGGAGAGGGCCGUGGCGGCUAAGGCCAGGCCACGGUUGAGCGCGGCCGGAGAGGCAGCGGUCCUCCGAGCGGUGGCGGGAGGCAGAGCGGAUCCCGCGGUGGGUCUGCAGGGCCACGGAAGGACGAUCCACCACCUCCUGGCCCGCUCCUUCUCCCUUCCCGCGGCCCGAUCCACCUCAGAGCUGGACUCCACAGGAGCAGCCGUGCAGGAAGGAUCCUUGUACGGAUCCGAGUCUCAGUUUGACUCCAGGUCCGAGGGAUCCUCUGUGUCUCUGUCCUUCUCGGUGCUCCCCAUCUUCCGGCCCAUCAGCAGUGGGGGGCAGGGGGGCGUGGAUCAGAUGAGCUCAGAACAAGAAAAAGACAAACAAAUUUCAGAGGAGCGCUUGGAAUCUGAAGCGAGCCAUCGUCGCAGUCGGACACCCGUUCAGAUUGUUCUGUCCCGGCCCCACUCUCCUCUGCCUGGACCCCGUCCUCCCUCCCCUCACAGCCCCAUAGCCGCCUCGCCGGACUGCCAGCUGCUGGAUUUCUUCGGGGAGAACCUGGCGUACAUCGACGAGUCCUCGGACACCUUGAGCGACCCCGCCCAGUCCGUGGCAGGCGAGGAGAAAACGAGGCGGCCGCGGAAAACCAAGAGGAGGAGCGUGAGGAGGGAGCCGCACACCUGGAGCCCACUGCAGGUGAGGAGGCCCAGCAUGCAGCCACCCUCCAACCCUCCGACGCCUCCUCCGGACUCGUCUCCCUCAGACCCUCCUCCAUCAGAGACUCAGGUAGACUCAGAUCUCUGAUGGACAGAAUCCACCGCUGUGACAGAUCCACCUUGUGUCCAAGCAUUAAACACAGACUCAUUUAAUGCGAGCAUGACCCGAUCAGCUGCUUUGUGGUUGUUUCAGUCCUCUUCAUGCAGCUUUAUGCCUUAAAAAACAGUUAUUUCAAGUGGAGGAUUUCUCACGUCAUUCACCAGAUAUCAUCACUCAUCUGUUCUUGUUUUCAGCCCGUUCUUUGCACAAGUGUUUGACUCUGAUCCUCGGAGCUAAGCUGGUUUGAGACUUGCGUGGUUAAAGCCUUACAGGGAGAGCAGGGAUUUAUUGUUUCACGGUGGAUUAAAUGUGUCUAAAAAUAAAAUUAAUGGCAGCUCCAAGUGUCACGGUCAAAACCACAAAUAAAUUCAAAACAUGACAAAGUUUUUUUACACACAGUCAGAUGAGUGUGAAUCAUGGGAUGUGGUCCCGCGGGAUCACAUCCCCCACCCCCUCAAGCCUGAGGUCAUCGGUUGUUGGAUAAAGAAAAGUGAGUCGGUACUUCCUUUGCUGAUGCUUUCAGUGGCUUUCAAUGUUUUCAAGGUUUAAAAAAAGAAAAAGCAACAUAAGUCAUCACACUUAUUUUAUGUGUGGGUCUUCUUUUAAACAGAUUUUAUUAUUUGUCAUUUUUCUUUGACAUAAAUACCUAUAAAACUUUAUAUACAAUGUUUGUCAUGAGUUUAACCUGAAGUCAGUUUGCACCUCACCUAAAGUUCAGCUCAUAUGAAGUGGAGUUGUGUAAAAUAUUAAUAUCUUACCCGUUGUAGAUGGCUCUUUGAACAACCUCAGUUUGAAUCCAUAGAGUUUAAUUCUGAGCAGUGGUUAGAGCCGUCGCCUCACAACAGGAAGGUUGCGGGUUUGCUUCCCGACCUUUCUGUGCGGAGUUCGCACAAUCUCCCCGUGGAUUUUCUCAGGUUCUCCAGUUUUCUCCUACAGACCAAAAACACGCACGUUUGGUUCACUGAUAACAAUAAAUAGCUCAUUUCGUAGGUUUCUGCGCGCACAGCAUUGUGGGUAGGGUUCGGAGGUUUAUUGUUUAAAAACAAACUCACGUCAUGAUUAAAUUUGACGGAUGAGGCCGCAUUUCUUUCCAUUUAUCUGAGGUCUUUUGUGAAUUCUGUCAGAGGAAACACUGGAUGAGGUGAAAUGUUGGAACGUCGACACACAGUAGGGCUUUUAAAGAACAAUCGGUCUAUAAUCGAAAGUGCAAUUUGAAGUUUUUAUUUAUAAAAUAUUAUUUUGUCGGUUGUGGCAAGUGUAUUUUUUUAUUUUGAUGUACAUCAUUUCAUUUUUAGCUAAUAAAAUAUAUUUACAGCUUUCACUGCUGUUUAGGCUUUCAGUUCAUUUGGAUUUUUAGUUUAUUUGCUCUUACCCACAUUGUUUUAGCUCCUACUGGCACCCUUUACUAAAUGACUCA